AUGGCGGCCCGACACAGCGCGGGGCAGUACGAGGACGCCUUCAGCCCUCGCCGCCUGCAGAUCUGGGGACUGACCCGACCUGGCCCACAGCGCCCCUCGCCGCGGCAGGGCUCCACACGGAUCCUCGCUGAUGACAGGGGACACCUGCUGCCCACUGUGCCCCGUUCCCAGGCCUCCCCAUGGGGUACGUUUGUGGGGACCUGGGACAUGCCACGGCGGAUCCCACCAGCCAGGCUGGACCUGACCUCCCGCUCAGCCGCUGCUGCUGCGCAGCUCCUUGACCGGAUCCACCAGCCCACCACCCUGACCCACGCCUGCAAUGGCCUCUGGACUGAGGUCACGGGCAAGACCACCCAACCUCCAGCCCUGCGUAUGAAAACACCUUCCAACCCCCAGACUCCCACAACGAAGAUGCCCGAGUGA